CUUUUUGUGACAACUCUUUAAAGAGAACUUUUUAUGGGAAUGAUAUAAAGGGUUGCACUUCGAGGUUUUUACCUGUCCCACAUCAUGCUGUUAAUAAAAACAUUUUGUUGUCUGAUAGUUCUUUUUUAUGAUAUGCAGGUUUUGUGUGUCAUUAACUGUCCAGGCAUACAGCAGACUGCCAGGCUUGUUGAUGAAUGUCCAAAGAGCGAAGUAGAAUGGAAAGACGCUGCUGCUAGAAUGAACUGCAAAUAUAUAAUGCAAAAUUGUUCACAACAAAGCCAGCAUAAAUACCAUUGCGCUUUGAAUGUCUUUCUAAAUGAAUCAUGGGAAUUAUGUAGCAUAAUGAAAUACAUGCUGGGUUACUGCAUGGAGUACAAUGUUAAAGGCCAGAGGAUUCAGAAUAAUUAUUAUCGGAAUUGUUUGGUUUUGAAUCCUCCUUGUACAACAAGAUACAAGUCAACAGAGGCAUACAAAUAUCAAUCCUGCUAUAAAGCAGAGAAGAAAAACAGCUUCAAUUCUUCUAAGCUCUCUGAUACGACUUUAAUGCCUGCCAUCACUACAAAAAGCACAAAGGAUAAGAAUCAUAAUGAAAAACAGCAAAAUGGUUGGAUAAUUGUUCUUACAACGUCAAUUGUUUUCUUUGGAAUACUUGCAGCGGUUGUAAUUGGAUAUAUAAAGUGGAGAAGAAAGAAAUGGAAAAUAUAUAAGAUGCGAAUGUUUUAAACCCAACUUUGAAGAAAGCUGUAACAUCAUGUAAAAUAAAACCUUACUUUAUAUUUUGCAACGAUUCUUAAAUGAAGUCACUAACUU